UGUUUAGAUAUUUUUGUAACUUUUACAAAAUGGUGCCGUGGUACAAAAGGAGGAGAAAUUGGAUGGAUAAAAUACCGCCAUUGGAAGAAGUCGGCCAAAUUGUCAUCCACAGAGAAGCUUGGGGAGGCAAAGAGACAUUAAAAGCUCACCAAAUACUUCAUUUCCCUGUUAUGUUCAUCUUUAUGAAACUAUUACCGGACAUGCCCCACCAUAAAUACAUGAGGACCAACUAUCAAAAGCUUGUAUGGCUACAGAAGCGGGAACGGGAGAUAAAUAAUAAGUCGGACAUCAAAUACAAUUUCAUGCUGGGUAAUGAUGGGUACAUUUAUGAAGGGAGAGGGUGGGAAGUAAGGCCAGAUCUGUUGGGUAAAGGUUACGCAGAUUUUCAUGAGAUGGUGGGUGAAGAUAUCCGAGGACAACCGCUGGCAGCUCGUAGUCUACUCAUCGGACACUUCCCUGGGAUUUCAGAUGAAGAUAUGGGCAAAAAGAUGAUCAGAGCUAAAGAAGCAUUGAUCCAGUUUGGAAUAAGAAAUGAGUACAUUCAUAAAAAUUACAAAACUUAUAUUUUAUAA